AUGACAGCAAUAUUGAUAUGCAUUAUAAUUUAUUUUAGAUACAAGUCAAUAGCAUUGCAAGUGAAAUUUUGUUUGACCACAAAGAGUGAUCUACAUAUUGAAGCAUUCUUAAAAGAGCAUGGAGCUCUAGCACAGAAAAGAUACAAACUUUCAGAAGUAAAGAAAAUGACCAAUUCCUUCAGAGAUAAACUGGGUCAAGGUGGUUUUGGUGCCGUAUAUAAAGGAAAGCUACCCACUGGUUACCCUGUGGCUGUAAAAUUGUUGAAAUCAUCCAAAGGAAAUGGUGAAGAAUUUAUCAAUGAGGUUGCUAGCAUUAGUAGGACUUCUCAUGUUAAUGUUGUCACCCUUCUUGGAUUUUGUUUGGAAGCCCAGAAGAAAGCUCUCAUCUAUGAGUUUAUGGCCAAUGGUUCCCUUGAUAAGUACAUUUACAAUAAAAGGCCUGAAACCAUUGCAUCUUUGAGCUGGGAGAAGUUGUAUCAAAUUGCAAUAGGAAUAGCUCAUGGUUUGGAGUACUUGCAUAGGGGAUGCAAAACUCGAAUUUUACAUUUUGACAUAAAACCACAUAAUAUUCUUUUGGAUGAGAAUUUCUGCCCCAAAAUAUCAGAUUUUGGGCUAGCAAAGCUCUGUCCAAGGAAAGAGAGCAUUAUCUCCAUGUCAGAUGCUAGAGGGACAAUGGGAUAUGUAGCUCCAGAAAUGUGCAAUAGACAUUUUGGUGGAGUUUCACAUAAGUCUGAUGUUUAUAGCUAUGGAAUGAUGCUGCUAGAAAUGGUGGGAGGGAGGAAGAAUAUUAAUGCUGAAGCAAGUCAAACAAGUGAGAUAUUCUUCCCACAUUUGGUAUACAAGAGGCUUGAGUUGGACAAUGAUAUAAGACCAGAUGAGGUGAUGACCAUAGAAGAAAAUGAGAUUGCAAAGAAAAUGACCAUAGUGGGUUUAUGGUGCAUUCAAACAUUUCCAAAUGACAGGCCUACAAUGAGUAGAGUGGUAGAUAUGUUGGAAGGCAGCAUGAAUUCCUUGGAAAUUCCACCAAAACCUUUGCUUUCUUCUCCUACUAGAACGGGAACAGAGUCUUCCUCUUCUAAUUAA